AUGAUUAAAGUUUUUUUAAUUGUAAAUAGCAGUGGAAAAAUUCGUAUUCGUCGUUUUUACGAUGAAGUGGAGUUCGCUAGAUAGCAAUAAAUUGAAUAAAAGUUAGUAUAAUUGACAAGCAAAUUAAGUCCUAAUAGUUGUAAUUUCUUUAAGGAUCUGGAUGGAAUAUAUGACAAAAAAUGUAAAAUUGUUAUGAGAUUUUUCGGAACUUUGUAUUUCAUUGCAGUGAUUGAUGAAGAUGAGUCUGAAUUAGGUGUUCUUGACUUAAUUUAAAAUAUCGUGGAUCUAAUGGACAAGAUCUUUGAAAAUGCAUGCGAACUAGAUGUCCUUUACCAUCCAGACAAAAUGAAUGCUUUGAUCGAUGAAAUUAUUGUGGCAGGAAUUGUUGUUGAAACAAAUAUUAUGGAUAUACAAGAAGCACUCAAAUAGCAAGAGACUCAAAUUAAAAAUAAAUGA